AUGUUCUUCAUUGUGUUUUUCUUAUCUUAUAUAGUGAUGAUAUUAAUUGGAAACUUCAUCAUUAUUGUUUUAAUAUCAGUUAAUAACCAUCUUAAAAUCCCAAUGUACUACUUCCUCAAACACUUGGCAAUAGCUGAUCUCAUGAUAACCACCACCAUAAUCCCAAUGAUGUUAGAAAUCAUACUAAAAGAUGGAAUCACAAUAUCUGUUACUGCCUGCAUCAUCCAGAUGCAUUGCUUUGCUAUUUUUGGAAUUGUACAAUGUUUACUUAUUGCAAUUAUGUCCUGUGAUCGAUAUUUGGCCAUAUGUAACCCAUUGCGUUAUCAUUCAAUUAUGAAGCUCCAUAUCUGUCUUCAGAUGGUUGUCUGGUCUUGGUUGAUAGUUGCAUUUGCAUCCAGUGAAUUAGUUUUGGUGUAUCAGUUACAUUUUUGUGGUGGGAAUAACAUUGACCAUUUCUUCUGUGAGUCUGGUCCAGUGCUAGAGCUGUCUACUUCAGACACUUCUCUGCUUGUAUUAGUCGAUCUUUUUCUGUCCAUUAUAGGUAUUUUUCUUCCUUUUGCCUUUAUUAUUGUGUCCUAUGCCUUCAUUUCUUUCACUGUAUUACACCUUUCUUCAUCCAAUGGAAGACGGAAAGCGUUUUCCACAUGUAGCUCACACCUGGCCACUGUGUGCACAUAUUAUGGGAGCUUGAUGGCCAUUUACUUGACACCGUCUGAUAAAAGAUCAAUUACUACAAACAAAUCAAUUACUACAAACAAAUUUAUGUCUGUUUUCUACAUUGUGGCAACUCCCCUGGUGAAUCCCAUUAUCUACAGUUUGAGGAACCACGAGAUCAGAAAAAGCCUUGAAAAAAGUUUAAGAAAUGUUAAAACAAUUGAUUUACACUGA